AAAACCACCAAGUGUUCAUGUUUCUGACAGACUUAUCAUAUAGCUGUUAUUAUCGGACUCAGACUUUCUCCAGAAACCAAAGAUUCUUGGCAGCCUGCAGGUCCAAUGUGAAGUACAUGCCAAGGAGAAAAAAAAUAAAACCAUUUUACAAAAAGACACCUUUUGAGUUUAGAUAAUGGAACAAAUGAAGGAGGAGAAGAAAGAGAAUGAUGAAAGCAAUGUAAGCAAAGUAAUAAAAUAAUGAUGAUGGUGUUUGCCGUAUGAUUCUGUUGCAAUUUGUAAAAAAAUGACGGACUUCAGAUUUUUCUAUCAUUGUUAAAAAAAAAUUAAUUCAGUGGAAGAAAAUAUUUGGCUGUUCCUAUUCAUGUGUGGUUUGGGAACUUAAUAAUUAAUGUAAUCAAAGUGCAUGGGUCAACUGGCAUUUAAAUUGUUUUCCAUUUUUGUUUGAAACAUAAUCAAUGUAUUUGUUAUGUUGACUGAUUGUAAUGUGUGAAACUAGAGGGAAAAAGACAAAAAGCCUUCUCUGGCUAUGUAGGCGGUAGCUGGAUUUGGACCCAAGGCCACACACAGAGUGUUGUUUUGUAUUGUUUUGUUCCUUAAACAGCACUUUGAGGAGUUAGCCUAUUCCUCCAUGCCAAACAGUCCAUGCUUUCUCACUGUAGAAAAGACGAUUUCUGCCUUUUAUGUUUCACCGUGGGCCAUUGGAAGAUGUACUUGUGACGAUAGAUCACUCCAUCCAGUAAAUGUUUGGUGAAGGUUUGAUUGUUGUCACAUUCACUUUGAAUGAGUUUUACAUAUGAGUAUAAGAAAUAUUUUUUGUAGACAUUUUAGCCAUUUUCCAAGGUUAUAAAAGAAAAGUAAUAACUCAACUGAGUAAUUUGUAAUGCUGCAAUUUCACGAGAGCACGACAGGGUAACGCUAUGGUAUAGUCAGCUCUAAUCUUUUAUAUUCAUAUUAACAUUUGUGGUAUUCAAGCCAAGAGAGAUUCUCACAUCUCUUUAAGAAGCCAAUGUGUCACGCAGACACAUCCUCCAAGGGAGGGGCAUGGGAAGAGCAAUUCUGCACAUGUAAUCCAGGUACAUUACAGGGAGGGAACACUGAAGCUCAAGUAUCCGAUCAGACUGUUUUACAGUGGAGAGAUCAGGAGCAGGAAAACAAGGUGAGUGCUGUCUAACUCUCUGACUCUGUUGUCUCUGUGUGAACUGUAGAAGAAAAUCAGGAUCUGUUGAUUCUAUGAGGUGGAGUGUUGACUUAUACAGUGUACUCUGUGUGUGUGUUUAUUACUUUUUGUUUUGUCAGUCUUGGGUGUGACUCUUUUUUUCCAAGUAAGGGUACUGCAUGUCAAAGCCACUCACUCUGCUUUUCAGAACAUCUGGGAAGAUUGAUAAAAACUGAUAAAGUCAUGUAAGCGCCAGCUUUAAUACACUCGUUAAUACACUCCUAAAGACUUGGUAUUCUCGCCUUGACUCCUCUCUCGCGCUCUGAUCCUCUCCUCCACCGGCACCUUCCACUUGUGGCUGAGAACUAGGCCAACUUUCAGUCCUGACAAAUGAACCAUAUUUCGUCAGUAACAUGAAUUAACAUUUUUCCCAUAUUAGAAGUAAUGAUGUCUGCGCUAGUAAAACUGAAUCUCUGAUUGCAGCAUUACACCAGGAAAGUAGUUUUAGGAUCAGAUUUUCCUUGUGAGGAAACAAUAUGGCUGUUUUGGAUACUCCCCUGUGACCUGUGUAUGUGUCUCCAGUAAUACAGGUAUUUGCUCAGACUUGAGAAUAUGAGUGAUUCGGAUGAAGAGCUGGACAGAAGGUCUCUACUAUCCAGCGGCCUGUCUAUGAAGGUUGACCGGUCCAAACAAGAUAUUCCAACCUUCAGUAAUGAACCUGGACCCUCAGGCACAAAAGAGACACUGUGUUGCUGGCCCUGUGGACAGUGGAUCACCUCACACGGGGACCUGUCUGUCCCUGGUCCUGGUUCCUCCUCCUGUCCCCAGAGUGAACAAAGACUGCAGACAACCAGUCAGACCAAUACUGCUCAAACCAAUAGUCGUCUGCAGGAGGUUUUAGGUCAACAUAAGAUCAGUCUGAGGAGCAGAUGUGAACAUGUGACUGAAGGAAGUGAUAAAACAGGAAGUGGAACCCUCCUUAACAAUAUCUACACUGAGCUCUACAUCACAAAGGGACAGAGUGAAGACGUUAAUACUCAACAUGAGGUGAGGCAGCUGGAGAAAACUUCCAAGAUGAAGAAAAUCCAUGACAUUCCAAUCAAGUUCCACGACAUCUUUAAAGCUUCACAUGACCAACAGAGACCCAGAGUGGUUCUGACAAACGGUGUCGCUGGCGUUGGAAAAACCGUCUCAGUGCAGAAGUUCACUCUGGACUGGGCCGAGGGCUUGGAAAACCAAGAUGUCAGUCUGCUGAUUCUGCUUUCGUUCAGGGAACUGAACUUGAUCAAAGAUGAGCAGUACAGUCUUCUCAGGCUGCUCCAUGUUUUCCAUCCAACAUUACAGAAGAUCACAGCAGAGGAUCUUGCUGUCUGUAAAGUGUUGUUCAUCUUUGAUGGCCUGGAUGAAAAUAGAUUUUCACUGGAUUUCAACAACAGGGAGGUGGUGUCUGAUGUCACACAGAAGUCAUCAGUCAAUGUGCUGCUGACAAACCUCAUCCAGGGGAAUCUGCUUCCCUCUGCUCUCAUCUGGAUAACUUCCCAUCCUGCAGCAGCCAGUCAGAUCCCUCCUACAUGUGUUGACAGGGUAACAGAAGUACGAGGCUUCACUGACGCCCAGAAGAAGAAGUACUUCAGGAGGAGAUUCAGUGAUGAAGAGCUGUCCAGAAGAAUCAUCGCACAUAUCAAGAAAUCCAGGAGCCUUCAUAUCAUGUGUCAAAUCCCAAUCUUCUGCUGGAUCUCUGCUACAGUUCUGGAGCACAUAUUGAGCACACACCAGAGAGGAGAGCUGCCCAAGACCCUGACUGACCUGUUCUCACACUUCCUGUUGGUUCGGAUUAAAAAGAAGAAACACAAGUAUGAUGAGGGACAUAGGAUGAGUCCACAGCUGACGGAGGCUAACAGGGAAGUUCUCCUGAACCUAGGGAGGCUGGCAUUUGAACAUCUGGAGAAAGGAAACAUCAUGUUCUACCAAGAAGACCUGGAGCAGUGUGGUCUUGGUGUCACAGAAGCCUCAGUCUACGCAGGAGUUUGUACUGAGAUCUUCAAAAGAGAGAGUGUGAUCUUCCAGAAAACAGUCUACUCCUUUGUUCAUCUGAGCAUUCAGGAGUUUCUGGCUGCAGUCUACAUGUUCCACUGUUACACCAACAGGAAUACAGAGGUACUGAAAGACUUCCUGGGAAAAGACCACAGUAACCCAUCUCUGGAUGACUUCCUGAAGGGAGCCAUGGAGAAAUCCCUGAAAAGUAAAAAUGGCCACCUGGACCUGUUUGUUCGCUUCCUUCAUGGCCUAUCUCUGGAAACCAACCAGAGACUCUUAGGAGCUCUGCUGGGUCAGACAGAGAACAGUCCAGAAAUCAUCCAUAGGACCAUCAACAACCUGAAGGAGAUGUAUAUGUACAAUAUCUCUCCCGAGAGAAGCAUCAACAUCUUCCACUGUCUGAUGGAGAUGAACGACCACUCAGUUCAUCAGGAGAUCCAAGAGUUCCUGAAGUCAGAGAACAGAUCAGAGAAGAAACUCUCUGAUAUCCAGUGCUCAGCUCUGACCUACAUGCUGCAGAUGUCAGAGAACAUUGAAGAUGAGGACCUGUUGUGCCUGAGGAGGUACAACAGAUCACUAAGCAGCCUGUCGAGGAAUAUGCGACGUUCUAGAAGUAUACUCUCAAAGACUCACAAUGGAGCCGUGGCCUCAGCUCCGAAGUCCAAACCUUCCCAUCCGAGAGACCUGGACCUGAGUUACAAGAAGCUACAGGAAUCAGACAUGAAGGAGCUGUGUGGUUUUCUGGAGAGUCCUGACUCUAGACUGGACACUCUGAGAUUGAUGAACUGCAGUUUGUCAGAGAUAAGCUGUGCUUCUCUGGCCUCAGCUCUGAAGUCCAACCCUUCCCAUCUGAGAGAACUGGACCUGAGGGGAAACAACAUGCAGGAUUCAGGAGUGAACGAGCUGUGUGGCUUUCUGGAGAGUCCAGACUGCGGACUGGAGACUCUGAGAUUGAAGAACUGUAGUUUGUCAAAGAUCAGCUGUGCUUCUCUGGCCUCAGCUCUGAAGUCCAACCCCUCCCAUCUGAGAGAGCUUGACCUGAGGGGAAACAAGCUGCAGGAUUCAGUUCUGAAGGAGCUGUGUGAUCUUGUGGAGAGUCCAGACUGUAGACUGGAGACUCUGAGACUCGACGACAGGGUGAUUAAAGCUUCAAGUGACAAAACCUUGAGUGUGCAGCGUGCUGCUGCAGAAGAUUUGUGCUCAGAGGAUCCAUCAUCACCAAGUAAAGGUGACUGA